GUCGUCGAACAGCUGUUCUAGCUGUAACAGGUGAAAUUAUAUAGAAUCAAUUCCGGAAUCGAACGAUUGGCAAGAUACUUAAGAUUAUACUAGAAGUGGUGCCACAAUUACUGGACCGAGUCUAAAAGUUGGCGACGGGCAAAGUUCGGAAGGCAGUCGGUCUGGAUGGGAACUUUGUCAUUGCGCGAUUUUAAGGAGGUGAAAAUCCCAGCACCUUGGGGUCACAUCGCUGGACGUUGGUAUGGAAAUCGACAGGAGCGACCGAUUCUGGCAAUCCACGGAUGGUUGGACAACCUGGGCACCUUCGACCGGUUGAUUUCCCUACUUCCGGAUUACAUAGGAGUACUUUGCAUCGAUCUUCCCGGACAUGGAAGGUCCUCUCACAUUCAGCCAGGGAUGCACUAUGCCGUCCUCGACUACGUGUCUAUCAUUCCCCGAGUGAUGAAGGAGUACGGAUGGUCGAAAGUCUCCCUGAUGGGCCACUCCUUGGGUGGCAUCAUGAGCUUUCUUUACACUUCACUGGCUCCUGAUACCGUGGAUAUGGUCAUCUCCCUGGACAUUGUGGUUCCUGGGACACCAGUUCCUAAAAGGUUAAUUGGCAUCCUGGCUCACAACAUGGAGAAGCACCUGGUGGAAGAGGAUCGUCAGGGUAAUCUUCACGAGCCGCCCUCCUACACCCUCUCUCAGUUGACCGAGGUCCUUGCCAAGGGGAGUUCCAAUUCCGUGACACCUGAUUUGGCCAAGCACCUUCUUCAUCGGCAGGUGCUAAAGUCGCGACUUUACCCGGACAGAUACUACUUCUCCAGGGAUGGACGCGUGAAAUUCUACAAUCUAACUAACAUGGAUCCUGGACUAAUUGAGGAAAUGUCAAAACGGAUCCAAAGAAAGCCCUACCUGAUCAUAAAAGGAUCUGAUUCUCGGUUUGUGGGAGUUCACACCGAAAAACCCAUUGCCAUUCUGCGGCAAAACAAUCCGCACUUUGAGUUCUACGAGGUGAAAGGAGGUACCCAUCAUGUCCAUCUCCAUGCCGCCGAGGAGUGUGCUCGAUACAUAGUGCCCUUCAUCCGACAUCAUCGACCUCCAGCACUGACCUCUUGGUCCUUAACUGGAAAGGAACUGCAACUAAGCACCAACGAAAAACGCAGGGAACAAGAAAGAGUCCUUGAAAGGAGCCAAAACCAACUUAGCAAAUUGUGAAGUAUUUUAUGUGGUGAUGUGAAAUUUACACUUGAUUAUUGAUUUGUUUUUAAAAUAUCUAUGUAGAACACAAAAUGUAUUAUUGAGGCUAUGCUAGCAGAUUGUGAUUACUAAACACUUUAUUAAGCUGAUUACUGUAUAUUACUAAAUUACCAUUACAACACAUAUCAGGUCAUUAAGUACUAUAAUCAGAGCAAAAUUAAAUAUCGGGGCUUCCAAUUUAUUUAUCUUAAGCUCAACUAUGAAAAAUAUGUUGAAAAUAUGAAAAUGUUGUUUUUGUACCACUCAGGUCAUUGGUAUUUUAAUCUUUUUAUAAUAACAAAAAUCAUAUAAAUAAAUUUCUUAAUGAAGUAAUAAUAACGUUAAUUCGUACCAAAAGAUA